AUGGGGGAUGGAGCUGGCAUUCCCUUCCAUCCUCUGGCCCCGCGUGUGGGCACCAGCCCAGCAGCCCUGGCUGUAGAAGCUCCAGAGGAGGAGCUGGUGACGGUGCUGCUGGAAGGCCCUGCUCCCCCCGUCUGCCUCCGGCGUGUGUGCUCCUCAGACAGUUCUGUGAAUUAUCGUGAUUUUCCGAGUCAACAGAAAGAUACUCAGGCUUCUUCCGUGAAGCCCUCACCUGUGCUUGCGGAGAUGUAG